GUCCCGCUCUUUUGUUGUUACGUAAACGGAAAGUUACAUAAGUUAAAGUUGGAAUUUAAAACUUCAAAAUGCGUGCAUAGUCUGCGGAUCUUUUAUUCUUGGAUCUAUCACAUUUUCCACUUCGUUCCAUCCAACGACAUCGCCACCGUAGUUCUACGCACUCAUUUUUUACUUUUGUGUACAAAUUACAAAGUUGUAAAGUUCUGCACAGUGCUUUGGAAACGCGGAUCCUAAAGCUUUGAAGGCUCUGCAAUGAUUGUCCAGCAAGAAAAAUAAUUGGUGGUGGACCUAGAACAGCAUCUGAAGGGAGCAAGACAGAAACCCCAGGCCACUGAGUAAGAAGGAUAGCAGUAUAAGCCGCAGCUCUGCAAGUGAAUCUGUCGAGAGCAUCUCGCCAGCACCUCUUCUGUCUUUCUGGGAACCCGUGCGGACACACAGGAACUGAACAGUAGUGAGUCGGCACUUUAGUAGUGCACUGUGCAACGUCCUCACAUUCUGAAGAGGGCAGCCUACGGAUCACCAAAGAGCCAAGUUCCAAGCCCAACUGCGAGAAAUGCAGCCGUCCCCAGGGUUUAGCAGCUGGGUCUCCAGAGUAAAAUUGGAACCACCGGAUGCUGAAUGUCUACAAGAACAGGGCCAGAUCCUCCAACAGCACUGCGGCAUGCCUUAUGCAUCAGGAGAUGAUGGUUGUGAGGUGACUGCUGGGAUAGGCCACAUUAAAGAAGAACCUCGAGAAGAUAAUCUCACUGUAGUAGUGGAAACAGCGCCUUACAACAUUACAAUUUUGACAAGACAGGACCAAACGGGACACAGCCAUGAGUCAGCAUCAGAAGGAGCAAGAGGAAGCACUGGUACACUUCAUGUUAAGGACCAACCCAGAGGCACUUGUGAUCAGGCAUCCUCAGGUUGCACUUCUUCAAGUACACAGCUGAAUGUGAGCAAAACAACAGUUGAACAGGAAGACGACAGCACUGCAGUAGUCACUAUGACAGGUCGACCUGUGGAGCAACCUCCGGUCCAGAGCGAGCCAUAUGCACAUACGUGCGUUUCAGAAGCCAGCCUGAACAGUAGCUUGCGGAUUCACAAGCAAAUACACACAGGCGAGAAGCCACACAACUGUGAUCUCUGUCCUGCGGGGUUCAACCAGAGUGCAGACCUUCGGCGCCAUAGGCGGACACACACAGGUGAGAGGCCAUACAAGUGUGAUCUCUGUCCUGCGGGGUUCAACCAGAGUGCAAACCUUCGGCGCCAUAGGUGGACACACACAGGUGAGAGGCCAUACAAAUGUGAUCUCUGCCCUGCAAAGUUCAACGACAGCACGACACUGCGGAAUCACAAAUUGAGACACACGGUUGAGAAGCCAUACAAGUGUUAUAUCUGUCCUGCAAACGUCAGAGAGAUCAAGUGUCUGCUGCAUCACAGGCGCACACACAAGGGCAUGAAGAUAUACAUGUGUGAUCUUUGCCCUGCUGAGUUCAGCAACAGCAAGGACCUACGGCGUCACGUCAGCUGUCUGCGGCAUCAGAGGCGCGUACAGGAGGGCGUGACGAUUUACAAGUGUGAGUUUUGCAUUGCGGAGUUCAGCCAGAGCGUGGACCUACAGCGUCACAUGUGGAUACACAAGGGCAAGAAGCCCUGAAAGUGUGAUCUCAGUCCUGCAGAGUUCAGCCAGAACACAAGCCUGCCGCGUCAUAUGCGAACACACACGAGCGAGAAGCCAUACAAGUGCCAUCUCUACCCUGCAAAGUUCAGCUGUAACACGAAUCUGUGCAAUCACAAGUGGACACACAUGGGCGACAAGACAUAAAAGUACGACCUCUGUCCAGCAGAGUUCAUCCACACACAAACUCAUGGUGCCACAGGCAGGCAUACAUGAGCUAGGACCCCGCGUGUUUCACACAGAAGUGGGAAACACGCGGGCGUGAAGCAGCACAAGUGCUCAUCUCUCCCAGCACCUGAACACCCAAAUAUGGAACCACACUGGUGAGAAACUGUACAAGUACGAUCUCUAUCCUGUAGAGUUCAGCAAGUGCAUGUGCCUGUGGUACCACAAGCAAACGCUCACAGUCUGGAAGCCAUACACGUGCUAUAUCUGCUGCGCGGAGUUCAGCCGCACCUGUAGCGUCACAAGUGGACACAAACGGGCGGGAAGACAUGCAGCUGCGGUCUCUGUCCUGUACAGUUCAGCGAGACCACAAAGCUGUGGAAUCACAAGUGGACACACAUGGGCAAGAAGUCAUAUAGGUGUGAUAUCUGUCCUGCAGAGUUCAACCACGGUAUGUGCUUGCAGCAUCACAAGUAAACACACAGGAGUGAAGUCAUAAAAGUGCAAUCCCUAUCCCGCAAAGUUCAGUCAUGGCAGUUUCACAAGUGGAUGCACAUGGGGGAGUGGACUCCCUUUAAGACGAACACGAAGGGACCAUGAAAAUUUGUUAGUCUUAUCAGGAGUUCAGCCUAAGAGAAGUGCACAAAAUCAUGGUAGUUUUGUCUCAGUAUCAACUGUAUCAUAACCACACACUAAAAGGAGUUCAUAUCACAACAUCUACUUAAUUCACAAGGAUGAAAAAAGCAUUAUUGUGUG